AUGCCUGUCACGCUCGUGCUGGGCUCGCAAUGGGGCGACGAAGGCAAAGGCAAGCUUGUCGACAUCCUCGCCACGUCGGCCGACCUGGUGUGCCGUGCCGCGGGCGGGAACAAUGCCGGACACACGAUCGUGGUGAACGACGUGACCUACGACUUCCACAUCCUCCCAUCCGGCCUGAUCAACCCGUCGUGCAAGAUCAACUUGAUUGGCACGGGCUGCGUGGUACAUAUCCCCAGCUUUUUCAAGGAACUGAAGGCACUAGAAGAGAAAGGACUACAAGGUGUGCGGGAACGCAUCCUGAUCAGUGACCGCGCCCAUGUCUGCUUCGACCUGCACGGCGUGGUGGACGGGGUGGCCGAAGAGAAGUCCAAAUCCGUCGAGGGCGGCAAAGGCAUGAUCGGCACCACCCGCAAGGGCAUUGGCCCAUGCUACAGCGACAAGGUCGCCCGUCGUGGUGUCACUUUCUGGAUGCUGGUCAACGAACAGCAGCGCUGGGUCAAGCGGCUGCGUGACCUGGAGGCCAACUACCGUCGACUUUACGGCGAUGCCGCGCUGCAGGGCUAUAGCGUCGAGGCCGAGAUCGAGAAGCUCAGUGCCCUCCGAGCCGAGUUGCAGCAGUAUGUCGUCGACCAGACGCCUCUGCUCGCCCAGGCGGUGGGCACCAAGGCUGCGGUGGUCAAGGCGAACGGCACUGGAGUCGGCGAGGCCGCUCCCCAGCCGAACAUCCUCAUCGAAGGCGCCAAUGCCCUUCUCCUCGACAUCGACCAUGGCACAUAUCCGUACGUGACGUCGAGCAAUACUGGCCUCGGCGGCGUCUUCACCGGCCUGGCUGGCUUGUCUCCGCAAUCCCUGUCCGCGCCGGGAAGCAACAUCGUCGGUGUCGUCAAGGCAUAUACCACCCGCGUUGGCUCCGGUCCCUUCCCUACUGAACUGGACGCCGCCAUCUCCCCGGUCGACGCGGACUAUGGUGAGCGUCUGCAGCGUAUUGGCCGUGAGUUCGGCGUGACGACUGGUCGCAAGCGUCGCUGUGGCUGGUUCGACUUGGUCUUGGUCAAGUAUUCGGCCGCCGUCAACUGCUACACGCAAAUAAAUCUGACCAAGCUCGAUGUCCUGGACGAUUUCGAUGUCAUUCGCGUUGCUACGGCUUACAAAGUGGAUGGCCAGGUUCUUGAUAGCUUCCCGGCCGACCUCGAUGCUCUGGAGAGACUGGAGAUUGAGUACAAGACCUUUAAGGGCUGGCAGACCAAGACUACUGGCUGCAAGACCUUUGAGGAGCUGCCGGUCGAAGCACGAGACUAUGUCGCGUAUAUCGAAGCCGAGGUUGGCAUCCCGGUCAAGUGGAUUGGUACAGGGCCUAGGCGAGAAGACAUGAUCGUUAGAUGA